CACACUUCUGCUGAUGUACCUAUUCCGAAAACGAAGAGCAGAGCGCGCGAGGAGGGCAAGGCGGCCGAGGAGUGUGUGGAUGCGGAAGAUGUGCCGGCAUCGCAAGUCCGGCCACUCAGGAACGCUGAUUCCUUUGCUGCGAGAAUCAGAUCCGCAGUAUUUCUUUGACUACAUGAGGAUGUUGCCGUCAACCUUUGAUCGACUCCUGACCCUGGUUGAAAGCUCAAUCGAAAGGCAAGACACAAACUGGAGAGAGUGCAUUCCAGCGAAAAUUCGACUGGAAAUCACGAUAAGAUUUCUCGCCAGCGGUGAUAGCCAGCGGAGCCUGUCCUAUGCAUUUAACGUGGCGAGAUCAACCAUAUCUGAAAUAAUCUCGGAGACGGCCCAGGCAAUUUGGGAAAACCUAAAGGACGAGUAUGUAAAAUGCCCAAGAACACCCGCAGAAUGGAACGAAAUUGCCAGGGGCUUCCUACAACGUUGGAAUAUGCCAAAUUGCAUUGUUGCAGUGGCCAAGAAAUAGCAGAGUGCUGCAUGUCUUCAGCAUAUUCCAACCAAGGUAUAUUGCACAAAGCAUGCGAGAGAUCAACCAAGAGGUGCACGCCAGCAACCAGUUGAGGACGUGUGAGAAAGGAAUUGCUGUCUGCACAGACAAAGCCCCAGCAUGAACAUCUGUCCUCCCCCAGUGGCCGUGUGAAAAGCUUACAGUAUUCCUGUGCAUGCCAGCUACCAGGUGUGUAAAAGCAUUGCAGUCUGCACAGGCAAAACCGCAGCAUGAACAUCAUUCGUCGCCAAGUGGCACAGCAAAAAGCUUAUGGUCUACUCUCCUACAUCAGCCUCGCUGCAUCAUGCUGAGGGCAAAUUUCACUCGCCUUUCUGUUUUCAGGCAGUA